AUGGCCAACGUCAAGAUCAUCGUGAAGAACGAGAGCGACAGGGCCCAACAGUUUCUCAUCUUCAACGAGAAGCCAACAUACUCUGAGUCAGUCGGCAGGGCCUGGACCACCGUCUGGGGCCGCUCGCCAGGAACGGCAGGAAGACAUGGCACUACUCGCUUCUCCAUUGAGGAGCACUACUAUGCUGUGUGCGGCAUGACCCAGAAGGCUUUGCAAACCGAUCUGAUUGUAAGCACAUCGGACUGCGACAAGGUGAGGCUGGGAACCAGGCAAGAAAAGGGCAGCCUCGAGGCGCUGGAAAUCCAAGAGGGGGGUAUCGUCUUCGACAAGGGGAAAAGGGGAGACCUUGAUAAGGAUGGUGCGUUCGGAAUCGACACUGCCGCGUACGGUUUCACAGAGUAUCAGAACGUCUUCUGUGGCCUCGGUAUGAAAAGCCCAACUCCGGGCCAGGAAGAGGAAGUCAUGCCAGUUUCCGUAUGGCGACCCGAUUCCAACCAAAGGUAUAAAAUUACUCCCAAGAGGAUCUAUUAUGUCUCGGCCGGGAAAUUCAUUCCGGGAAGGGUUGUCGACUUUGCCCAGCUAGGAAGCGUCGUCACUAUUGACUUUACGGGGAGGAAGGAAACUGUCGCUAUGGUGACUUUUGAUAGCGGACUCGAAUUCCUUCCUGUAAGGUACAGCUUUGACAACUAA